CCUAUCAUCAAUUCCUGCACCUCUUCUUCCUCGGCAUGGACAAAGCUUGAGACCAGCUUUGCUAACAGCUCCACAACUCGAAUGCUCUCUUUGCUCUCCUCUUUGAUGACCACAAAAAAGGCUGGCAAAUCCGUUGCUGAUUAUAUGGCCACCAUGCGCACUUUCAUCGACGAUCUCGCCACCAUAGGUCACCCUCAAAGCACUGGUCAGAUUGCUUCCUAUAUUCUCACUGGAUUAGGCGGCGAAUACAAAGACCUGGUUGGCGCACUCCGUGUCCAACCUACUCCUCCUUCGUUUGAGCAAUUACGUGACUUUCUUAUUGAAGCUGAAAUUCUUGCCGGAGAUCAGCCCACUAGCUUUGAUGUCCCUAUUACGGCGCAAUACACUCAACGACGUGGUUCAUCUGCUAAACCACGAGGUCGUGGUCGUGGUCGAUCUCCGUAUUCUGCAUCCAUACCUCAUUCCCAGGGAUUUGGUUCUCCCGCUGCUACUUGUCAAUUGUGUGACAAACCAGGCCAUACCGCUAAGACAUGCUACAGUCGUUUCCCCCCUGCUGCUAAUGUUGCCUCCAGUACUACUACUAGUUCUUCCCCUUCCAAUUGGCUCCUGGAUACUAGUGCUACUCACCAUAUCACUUCGGACCUCAACAACCUUCAAGUUCACUCUGACUACAGUGGCCCUGACUCAGUAAUGCUUGGUAAUGGAUCUACUCACGGGGGAAUCCUUGGCCCGCGGCCGGAGUGAAAACAAUCUCUAUGUUUGGCCUCGUUCCACUCGUCCUCAAGUCAAUCUCACAGUCUCUCAAUUAUGGCAUUACCGCCUCGGUCAUCCAUCUGCUCAAGUCCAUCGUCAAUUAUGUCCCCAAAAUAAACCUGUUGACUCAUGUGAUUCAUGUAUUCAAGCAAAAAUUCAUAAAUUACCUUUCUCU